GAGUCGCUCACUAACUACGUACGUACGCAAACGCCACCCAAUGGCAUGUCUCGCACAUAUCAAUAUACAGUCUCCCUGCGGAACGGGAACCCAGAGAAACCCCGGCUACAUGCCUUAGGUAACCUAGGUGCUAGCCGACGGUAGACAAUCUAAUCGUUGUUGUGUAUAUGUAUCGUCGGGACCGGACAGACCGGGUAGUCAUGUACGAAUCAAGUCACGAGCGUUCAUAUAUAUUGUUUGCUACCUACCUAUACAUAGUAUGAUCUAUCAUUCCUUGUUACUAAAAUAGUAUUUAAUUUGGGCAUCUAAUUUGCAAAUGUAAAUACGGCUAAGGUUAGGUACCCAGGUAGGUAGGUAGUGGUGGCGUACGCAGUUUACAAAUGUCGCUAUAAACACCACUUGUGACCCUACAGCUUGGCAUUAGCCUUUCGCCUCUUUCUUAGACUCGUCAUCAUUAUACAUACCCAUAAUGUCUGAUGCAGGUCAGGGUAUUUCGGCCACAGGCCUAUUGGUCGUUCUCUGGGUUUUGACCGGAGUGGCAACCAUUCUUUUCAUAGGCCGACUAGUAAUUCGCGGCGUCCUUCUGAAGAAAUUCCAUCUCGACGAUGCAUUCGGCGCUUUGGCCUGGUUUCUCCUAUUGGUAUCAAUGAUAUGCGCCACCAUUCAGACUCCCCUUACUUACCAUUUCUCGUCUAUACUCAUUGGAGAGACCCCAGCCCCGUCCGAAGAAGAGAUGGCGGAUAUGACCAUCACGUUGCGCAGAUGGAAUGUCGCUGUUGAGACACUAUUUUGGACCUCACUCUACUCCGUAAAGCUCUCUUUCAUGUUCCUCUACCGAUACGUCCUACGAUCCGGGGGCCGAAACAAGCACAUAGCCGUCUGGUCAGCCGCUCUGGUGUAUAUCAUACUCUGCUACGGGAUAUGCCUCAUUGGUGUUUAUGGGCAGUGUGGUGACGUGCGCAAUUUGUUUACAUAUCAGCAAUGCAUGACUCCAUAUGUUGCAUCGCUCAUCCCUAAGCUCAUUUGGAUAUCUUUCUUCUUCAAUGUUACCUCAGACCUGGUUGUCGUCAUACUCCCGAUGCCCGUGAUUUGGUCUUUACAGAUGCGUCUUCAUCAGAAGCUUGCCGUGUCCGGCCUCUGCAGCCUUGCAAUAGUCACAAUCGCAUUUGAGACAGCUCGAUCAGUGAAGCUUUACGAACUGAGUAACUCCUUCACCAAUCUCUAUAGUUACCUGGAGCUUAUUAUAUCUGUUCUUGUCGGUAUGUUGCCGUCAUAUCGGUUCCUGGUCUCGCCAACAGAUAAGGAUCGAGAAUAUCGGCGUUUAUUUUGGAGUCGAAUCACACUGAGAAGCUAUAACUCUGGCUCUUCUAGUUAUUCUAUGCAUUAGAGUCUAGGACAGAUACUCAUCAUAGGUAGCAUUCAACAUAGUCUGUGAUAGCUAUCGACCGGAGAAACAUUGCCCACCCCUGCCGACCCACGAUGAAAGAGGCGAAGAUAGAUGGAUAAAGAUCAGACUACAUUGGCUCUAUAACAUAAUACAUAACCUACCGUCGAUCGAUCAUUUACCUUUUUCCGUGGCUGACAAGUUUGACAUUUACCUACAUUUAUAAUCUCCACGUAGCUAGGUAUAAUAGGAUAUAAUAACUAGAUAAUAUUUAUA